CCGCUUUUGAUUUCGGGGAUUUCUUUAUGUUCUUCCUAUUUGCGGAACGGAACCAUUUUAGGCUUUCAAUCUGUUUUUGAGGAUGAAUUGAAGACAUGAUUUUGAAAACUCAUUGAGAAGCAAUGCAUCUGUGUCCUAAUGAGGUCUGCAAGACUUGGAUUUGCAGCCAGGACAUGGCUUGCUGCUGCGCCGAAUAGCGCCCGCAUCGCCGCUCCCCGACGUGCAGCGUCAACUAGCUCUACACCAAAGCUUGAUCUACAAGCAAUCGAUGCGAAAUGGAACGAAAUAUGGACGUCUCGAGGCGCGGAACUCAAACACCAUGAUCAGCAGCGAUCAGAUAAGGCGUAUUACGUCCUUCCAAUGUUUCCGUACCCGUCCGGUGUUCUCCACCUUGGCCAUUUACGAGUAUACACGAUAUCCGACGUGCUGGCGAGGUUCAAACGCAUGCGGGGCUACAAUGUGAUACACCCAAUGGGCUGGGAUGCUUUUGGUUUGCCUGCUGAGAAUGCGGCUAUAGAACGAGGCAUUAAUCCCGCGGAAUGGACAAUCCAAAACAUUGAGAAGAUGAAGAAUCAGUUGAAGGUUAUGAAUGGGCAAUGGGACUGGGACAGAGAAUUUAUGACGUGUGACCCGUCAUUUUACAAGCAUACCCAAAGAAUAUUCCAGCUCCUCCAUGAGCAUGGCCUAGCUUACCAGGCUCAAGCAAUUGUCAACUAUGAUCCCGUUGACCGGACUGUUUUGGCGAAUGAGCAGGUGGACGCAAAUGGCUACUCGUGGAGAUCGGGAGCCAAAGUCGAGAAGCUUCGACUGAAACAGUGGUUUUUGCGUAUCACAGCCUUCAAGGAAUCUCUUCUAGAUAUGGACGUUCUCUCGAAAGACAGUCGUUGGCCGGAACAUGUUCUGUCGAUGCAGAAGAACUGGCUUGGGAAAUCUGAAGGCGCGAAAAUCCGGUUUCAAGUACGCUUUGACAGCAACAAUGGGACGACAGCCGACUCGGUCAUAGAGGCAUUCACGACCAGACCCGACACACUCUUUGGUGUUCAGUACCUUGCUCUUUCAACCACCCAUCCGAUUGUCACCGAGAUGGCAAAGUCUCUUCCAGUGCUUCAGGCUUUUCUCGACGUGGCGGAUAGUCUCCCACCGGAUUCGAAGGCUGGCUAUCUACUCCCUGGUGUUCACGGUGUAACCCCCCUGUCUCGCCUCGGUUUACGAGGAACAAUCAAGCCGUUGCCCAUAUACGUAGCACCUUAUGUACUUGGCGACUACGGUGAGGGGGCUGUUAUGGGCGUGCCUGGGCACGACUCCCGAGACCACGCCUUUUGGAGGGAAAACCAAGGAGCCGAACCAAUUGCCCUCGUAGUAUCUCCUUCUGACUCUGCGGGUCUUAUCCAGGACGUCACUCUUGUUCCUGGAGCGCACGAUCAACCCUUUGUCCAUAGGGGUAUACUAAAUGCAAGCUGCGGGCGGUUUGUAGGGAUGGAAUCCGCCGCCGCUGCGAGAGAAAUCGUCUCUUGGCUGGGACAGGUAGAAAAUGGAAAUGCUGCCGAACAUGCUGAAUCCUGGAGACUUCGUGACUGGCUGAUCAGCAGGCAACGGUACUGGGGAACGCCAAUUCCUAUGGUGCAUUGCCAGAGUUGCGGUGCUGUGCCUGUGCCAGCAGAAGAGCUUCCUGUUGAAUUACCCAAAAUUCACGGAAGCUCGUUGAGAGGCAAAGGAGGAAAUCCUCUCGAGGAUGUUCCAGAGUGGGUUAACACGACAUGCCCCAAGUGCGGCGGCGACGCAAAACGCGAUACCGACACAAUGGACACUUUUGUCGAUUCCUCCUGGUACUAUAUGCGUUUCCCCGAUGCGAAGAACCCUGACGCACCAUUCUCGUCCUCGUCUGCCGACAACAGUCUUCCUGUAGACAUCUACAUUGGUGGCGUUGAGCACGCCAUCCUGCACCUCCUCUACGCCCGCUUCAUCUCCAAAUUCCUUGCGACCACGUCUCUUUGGCCGUCCGGAGGCAACCCCGAAUUCAAAGCGGAACCAUUCAAGCAAUUGAUCACACAGGGCAUGGUUCACGGAAAGACAUACUCCGAUCCUAUUACCGGCCGUUUCCUGAAGCCCGAGGAAGUCGACCUGACAGAUCCCAACAAGCCCAAAGUCAAACUCAGCGGUGAAACGGCAAAAGUCAGUUUCGAAAAAAUGUCCAAGAGCAAAUACAACGGCGUGGAUCCGGGAGACUGUAUCGCCAAGUACGGCGCCGACGCUACACGCGCACACAUGCUCUUCCAGGCUCCCGUCAGCGAUGUCCUCGAAUGGGAUGAAGACCGCAUCGUCGGUAUCCACCGCUGGCUCGCACGCGUAUGGCGCAUAGUCACGGAGCCUACGCCCCACGUUGGGAAAAAGAAGCAGGCGCAUCGUACCGAAACUGAAACCCAAGCGGCGGAUCUACCUGCCUCCUCUGCCCCCCUUCCGGACCUUUCCACCUUCAACGACGCCGAGUCCUCGCUGUGGCUCGAAGUCCAAAAGACAAUCUCCCAAGUCACCCAGUCCCUUGAGACCACAUAUGCCUUGAACACGGUCGUCUCGGACUUGAUGAAGCUCACCAACGUCUUGUCCUCGACCAAGCCGGGCGCCAUUCGUCCGGAGAUUCAUUACCACUCUCUCAGCGCCUUGUUGCGCAUGAUGGCGCCCAUUACGCCUGCGUUUGCCGAGGAGUGCUGGCAGAUUUUGCACUCGACUCCGAGCACUUCUACCGCUACAUCUACUCUCCCAUCUCCUCCAUCAUCCACCGAGUCAUCGCCUACAUCAUCCACUGCCAGCAUCUUCUCAGCCCGCUUCCCCACCCCAGAUGACUCUGUCCAGAUUCUCGGCCGCAGACCCCGUCCUUGCGCUGUCCAAGUCAACGGCCGGUUCCGAUUCACCCUUCCCUUGCCAUUUAUCGGUGACGACUCUGCUCUUUCCUCGUCCUCUGUCGGUGAUGGGGACGGUACUGACGCCGUCGCAUCCCCACCGUCAACGUCGCAAGCGAUCGUACAGGAUGUUGUCUUUCCCAAUGCGUCACCCCUUCAGCAGUUCGUCCUCGGACAUGUCAUCGGCACACAGGACGGCAAGCGCUGGCUUGUCGAGCGUAGAGGCGAUAACGCAUUGCGUGAUAUCGUCGUUGUUGUCAAAGAUGGCGCUGUCAAGACUGUCAACUUUUUGUUCUAACCCCUGUUUGUUCUCCUCGUUAGAGGAGA